UUCAAAAGCUGAAGAAAUUUCGGGUUUAGGGUACAGAGAAGAAUCGACGCCACGGUUCAGACUGAAGCCCAGCAAUCGUCUCCGUUAUUGCUUCAGACAGGCGCCUUAAAUAACCGAUGAGUUCUUCACCAUCUUUGGAGAUUUUAGUUAGAGAACCAGAGGGUUUCUCUGUGUGGAAUGGCCCCCCAUUCAGCAACGGUCGACCCGCUCCUAAGCUUGAACGAGUACCAUGCUCUAGCACAAAGUUCAGCGAUGAUGGAUCUAAACUUAUGGCCAUGAAAUCAGAUGGAGUCAUCAGUGUCUUUAACUCCAUCAGCUUGAAAGAGGUUCGGUCAUUCACGAUACCAAAUGUCACAGCUGCCGAUCUAUCUCCAUGCGGGACAUAUCUCCAGACCUUUCAGAAAUCCUCUACUCCAGAGGAGAAGAACGUGGUUAUUUGGAAAGUUGAGACGGGCGAUCUUGUUCAUAGUCAUUUCCAGAAAGCAAUGACCAAAUCCUCCUGGCCAUCAAUCAGAUUCAGCUCUGAUGAAUCUACUGCUUGCCGAGUAGCUACAAAUGAGAUCCAAUUCUUCGAACCCAAAGAUUUCUCCAAAGGAAUAGCAUCCAGGCUCAGAGUUCCAGGGGUGGCUGCAUUUGAGCUUUCUAAGACUCCCGGUUCCCAUGUUGCUGUAUUUGUUCCUGAAUCAAAGGGAAGCCCUGGCAGUGUCCAGAUAUAUGGAUGUGGGAAAGAACUCCAGAGUCAGCCAUUAGCCCGGCGAAGCUUUUUCCGGUGUUCGUCUGUUCAGUUUAAGUGGAAUCAUGGGUCUACUGGACUCCUGGUACUUGUACAAUCAGAUGUUGACAAAACCAACCAAAGUUAUUACGGAGAAACAAAAUUAAACUACCUUACAGUUGAUGGAACACAUGAAGGCCUUGUUCCUUUACGUAAAGAUGGGCCAGUUCAUGAUGUUCAGUGGUCCUUCUCUGGUUCAGAGUUUGCAGUUGCUUAUGGCUUUAUGCCAGCAAGUGUGACAGUGUUCGACAAGAAAUGCAGACCAUUGGUGGAACUUGGACAAGGCCCUUAUAAUACUCUUCGAUGGAACCCCAAAGGAAAAUUUUUGUGCGUGGCUGGAUUCGGAAACUUGCCCGGUGAUAUGGCAUUCUGGGAUGUCGUAAACAAGAAGCAGCUUGGGUCGACGAAAGCUGAGUGGUCUGUAACAAGCGAAUGGUCUGCUGAUGGACGAUACUUCAUGACAGCCUCAACAGCUCCGAGACGUCAAGUUGACAACGGGAUAAAAAUCUUUAACUAUGAUGGGACAAUUCACUUCAAGAAGAUGUUUGACAAGCUAUACCAGGCUGACUGGAAACCGGAGUCACCCGAAAAGUUCGGUGAGAUCAGCCAACUUGUCAAGUCUGUUGAAUCAUUGAAGGUCCAAGAAACUAAACCGCAAGGACAAGGCUCGGCUCAGAAGAAACCGACUGCUUCCAACCCGACCGCACAAAAACCCGCUGCUUAUCGUCCCCCGCAUGCUAAGACUGCAGCCGCAAUUCAGGCAGAGUUACUCGGAGGAAGCUCGUCAUCGGGAGAAAUGAGCAAGAAUGCUCUGAAGAACAAGAAGAAGAGGGAGAAACAAAAGGAGAAGAAAGCAGCCAACAAUGCUUGAUGACACGCCAAGACAGAACAGCAAAUCUCGUUUUAUGUUCUUUGUGCGUCUUUUUUCUUGCCGUCUUUGAGAAGAAAAAAAUUUCAGUUUCUUCAUGGAUAACAAAGGCCAUGAAUCAUAUUUCCUAUAAACCGAUAAAUUUUGUUGAACAAAAUUGUCACAAUUUCAUUACAACAUAAUAGUUUUCA